CAAGCGAGGCUGCAAAGCCUAGGCGCCUCGUUCCAAUGUUUUUUAAAAAUGGCGGACGACCGAAUAGCAAAGAAGAGCGACAAGCUGUACAGAAUUUUAGCCUUUGGAGACAGCCUUACCGCAGGAAAUACAGGCGGUGAGCUAAAUGAAACUAUGGAUAAACCUUAUACGAUUCGUCUCUUGGAAUUAUUGAGAGAAUACCACCCUGAUUUCGAGUUCGAGGUCGACAACAAAGGGAUUUACGGCGAGUUGGUUUGUGGUGAAAUGACGGAAAGAUUGCCAAAGGUUUUGGAGCAAAGCGAACCGUACGAUUUAGUGAUUAUUUUGGGAGGAACUAAUGACAUCAUUGAGACUAAGAAAGGUUUAGAAGACACUCUCUUUGACGGUAUUAAAACGUUACAUGCUGCGGUCAUUGGUCACGGCGCAAAGGUUGUCGCACUAACAAUCCCAGAAACUGACCUAUACUUCAAAGAUCUCAGGAAGAAUGGUUUGUCUUGGGUGAAGGAAGAAGGAGAAAACAUUCGUUUGUUGGUAAAUGAGAAAUUAAGGGACUCAAAUGGGAGGAGUGAAGAAAAGGUUAACAUCACCUUAUGUGACUUUGCCGAAAAGUUUCCCCAACAAAGCUUGUGUGACAAGGAUUUGCAGGAAUUAUGGAGUGAUGGUUUGCAUUUCACAGAAAAAGGUUACAGUAAGAUGGCAGAAAUAAUCUAUGAGGACAUGAAGCACCUUUUAAUAUCUAGAACAACACAAAAAUACUAAUUUACAAAAAAAUACUAAUUUUUUUUUAAAAAAA